AUGGUUGCCAAUAUUUCGCUCAAAGGAAAGACCGCUAUUGUCACUGGAGGUACCAAGAACCUGGGUGCUCAAACUGCUGAGGAACUGGCCUCGUAUGGUGCUAACCUUCUCUUGCAUUAUCAUUCCGAGUCUGAAAAAGCCAAUGGCGAGAAAUUGGUGAAUUCAUUGUCAUCUAAGUAUGGAGUCAAGGUUGUCCUGUUCCAAGGUGAUCUUUCUGACGAGAAAACCACGGCUUCUCUUUUUGAGACUGUCAAAGAGGCCUUUGGAUCCUACGAUAUUGCCAUUAACAACGCCGGAAUGGUUUUGAAGAAGCCUCUUGCUGAAAUCUCGCUUUCUGAAUAUGACAAAAUGUUCAGCAUCAACACUCGUGCUUCAUUUUUGUUCCUCCGUGGAGUUGCAAAUACCAUCAACGAGGACGGGAACGUUGUUAUGCUAGUGACUUCGCUGUUAGCUGCCUACACGCCUUACUAUUCCAUCUACCAGGCCGCAAAGGCAGCUGUGGAACACAUGGUCAAGGGUCUCAGCAAAGAAUUGCAAUCCAAGGGUAUCAGCGUCAACGCUGUUGCCCCGGGACCAAUGGACACUCCAUUCUUGUACGGCCAGGAGACACCUGAGGCAAUUGAGUACCUCAAAUCUGCUGGAGGAAAAGGAAGGCUUACCAAGGUCGAAGAUAUCGUCCCAAUUGUAAGGUUCCUCGUCACCGAGGGUGGCUGGAUCUCUGGUCAGACGAUCUUUGCAAAUGGUGGCUUUACUGCUCGUUAA